AGAACCGAGGGGUUCUUUGGGGAAGUAACUUUACAGAGAGGAAGAUGUGAGGCGACUGUGCAACCCUUUUUUUUUUUUCUUCUUACCUUUGCGAAAUUAAGGACAUCCCAUUUGCAAGAGGACAGACAAACGUGAUGGUGUUUGUGGUUGGAUGACUCGUCUUCUUCUACAGUGCCGUUUGUCUUCUCAUAAGCAGAAGAGUCUCAGCUUGGCAUCCUGUCAGGGGGUCUCUUCAGCCUCUUUGUUUACUGACUGAGGUCGAGGAAGGAAGGGGUGAAAGUACUAAACGGAGGUGUAUUUUAGGCCACAGUUUCCACGUAGGAAGUGAAACUAGGUGCUAGUUCUUUGUACUUUUUCUUGACUUGAGCUUAUACACCUCACCUUCUCUCGCUGCGUCUAUUGCAUUCCGUCCACCGACGUGGACGCAGCAUGGACUGGCUGGUCGCUCGUUACCGGAGGUCCCGUCUCAGACACAUCGCCUCGGACACUGGACUUACCAUGAAACGACGGCGCAAGUACUGGUUUUGGAGCCGGAAAGGUAAAAACGCAAAGAUGUGUCUGCUCUGCUGUUACGAGAGGAAAGAAAAGCCUGUGUAUUUCCAGUCCAAGAAAACUGAGGAGGCCUGCGUGGCGGUGAAGAUCGAACACUCCAGAGCUCUAGGCAGCAGCACGGCGCACCAGCGCCGCGAUCCACCCAGUGUGCAGGCGUGUCUGAAUCGGGCGAACGGUGGGACGACUAACAGGAGCAGGGGAGGCGUCAAUGGAACAGGCCCUGGCAACAGGCCGCCCUUGCUGUCUAAACCACAAGUGCCUCCAAAACCAUCACAUCUCCAGAGCCCGGUGACGGAGCUCACGUCCCCACUGGGCCGCUUACAGAAACCAUCGCUUAGACCGGCUAUGGAGGACGGAGGAGGAGGAGGAGGGGGAAGAGGAAGAGGGGUUGUGAGCACGGACAAGAAACACUCCAAAGUGUCAGACCUUAUCAGCCGCUUCGAGGAGAACAGCAACACAGAGACCAAGAGAGACAGCUCGCCGCUGAAACAGAUCAGCAAGUCAAACAACUGCAGCCCAGCUCACCGCGCACACCAGAAGCAGAGCGAGACCGUGGGGACUCAGGAGAACGACUCCUCCGUACCAGCUGCGCCGCAGGAUGCUCACAAGCCGGCGUCUAACGGGGUGGUAGCCCAGAUGGAGCAGGACAAGGAGAAGGAGGAGAGGAACAGUGCGAGCGUGAGGAUAGAGACUGCCGAGCUGGUGAACGGAGAUAUGGGGGACGGGAGUGCAGAACAGAGCGAUGAUCAUUCACCUCCACACACAGACAGGACUGGUAGAGAAAUCCAUACUAAGAACGAGGACAGUGGAACAGAAAGUGAGCACAGGAACGGAGAAGGGAGCACAGACCAGAAGGAGACAAAUGAACAGAAGCUGUUUAAGAUCGCCAGCGAGCUCUUGCACACAGAGAAGGCCUACGUGGCGAGACUUAAUCUGCUGGACCAGGUGUUCUGUCUUAAGCUAAUGGAGGAGGCAAAUAAAGGGACGUUCCCUGUGGAGGUGGUGAAGAACAUCUUCUCCAACAUCUCCUCCAUCCACACCUUCCACAGCCAGUUUCUGCUUCCGGACCUGGAGAAACGCAUGGGAGAAUGGGCGUCCACGCCUCGCAUCGGAGACAUCCUGCAGAAACUCACACCCUUCCUCAAGAUGUACGCAGAGUACGUGAAGAAUUUCGACAAGGCCAUGGAGCUGCUGAAACAGUGGACGGAUCGUUCGCCUCAAUUCAAGGCCAUCAUUCAGGAGAUACAGAGUCAAGAGGCCUGUGGCUUCCUGACACUUCAGCAUCACAUGCUCGAGCCCGUGCAGAGAGUCCCUCGCUACGAGAUGCUGCUCAAAGACUAUCUGAAGAAGCUGCCUGAGGACGACUCCGACCGACGAGAUGCAGAGAAAUCGUUAGAAAUCAUCGCCACAGCCGCUACUCACUCAAACAGCGCCAUACGGAAAUCUGAGAAUCUGAAGAAGCUGAUAGAGAUAUACGAGAUGCUGGGCGAGGAGGAGGACAUCGUUAACCCCUCCAACGAGUUCAUCAAGGAGGGCCAAAUCCUGAAGCUGGCAGCCAGGAACACGUCAGCCAUGGAGCGGUACCUCUUCCUGUUCAACAACAUGCUGCUGUACUGCGUGCCCAAAUUCAGUCUGGGGGGGGCGAAGUACACCGUCCGGACGCGGAUUGGCAUCGACGGCAUGAAGGUCCUGGAGACGAUCAAUGAGGAUUACCCUCACACUUUCCAGGUGUCGGGGAAGGAGAGGACGCUGGAGCUACAGGCCAGCUCAGAGCAAGACAAGGCAGACUGGAUUAAGGCUUUCCAGGCAACCAUUGAGAUUUUCCAACAAAAGAAUGAAUCAUUCAAAAACGCCUUGAAAGACGUGGAGGAAGUGUCUAACGCUGAGCUGGGGAAGCGUGCCCCUCGCUGGAUCCGCGACAACGAAGUGACGAUGUGUAUGAAGUGUAAAGAGCCUUUCAACGCCCUGACACGGCGGAGACACCACUGCAGAGCCUGCGGCUACGUGGUGUGCUGGAAGUGUUCAGACAAUAAGGUGGCGCUGGAAUAUGACAACAACAAGACAAACAAAGUCUGCAGAGACUGCUUCUUGAUCCUGACAGGAGAAAGGGUAGCUGAGGGCAAAAAGAAGGGCAUCCUAGAGAUCGAGGCGGCUCAGUUCUCAGGCAGCAGCAUCAUGUGUGGCUUCCUGCAGUACUGUGAGAAGAACAAGCCUUGGCAGAAGGUGUGGUGCGUCAUCCCCGAGAAGGAGUGCCUGGUGCUCUAUCUCUACGGCGCUCCGCAGGACGUGAAGGCCCAGUCUAGCAUCCCCCUCCUGGGCUACACUGUGGAUGACAGCGCCCGGCCCACAGACGGUCAGGCAACCUUCCGCCUCUCGCAGUCCAAGUCCAUCCACAAUUUUGCUGCUGAAAGUGAGGAGCUCAAGCAGCGCUGGCUGAAGGUGAUCCGGGUGGCAGUGACGGGGGAGGUGCCCGAAUGCCCCCCGACCAACGGCAGCAAUGCCACCCUGACGGACAACAACAACACACAGGAGGCGGGCACUGAUAGCUCAUAAGGUGCAGGCUGAAGGAUGCUCAAGGAAGACAAUUAUGUGCAGACGCAUGCUGCACGCACAAUAUACAAAUGCACUUUCUCCAUGCUGUCCUUAAAUCUGAAUCUCAACGACAGAGUGGAACAAAAUCAGUGCUGGAUAAGCUGCCUUUCCUUGCCACUCUCCUGUUUCCCACUUUCUUCAUGGAUUUUCUCAGCUAGAGCUGUGCUGGAUUACUAAAAGACUUGUCUGGUACAAUCAACACUAGAGCAAAAGGGGCCUCAGGAUUGAUUGACUCCCUCAAACAGGCACUAUUAAAGACAGCUCAGACAUCAUCUUGAGCCAGUGGACUAGCACAGACUUGCGCAGCGCCCUUUACAGGGUGUGAAUCAAAGCAAAAGGACGGUCUGCUGCCAAAACAACGUCUGCUGGUGCUGAAACUCAACUCUGUGUACCUGUACAGUAUAAAUGUUUUGUUUUUGUUUUGUUUUUCAAAAAGGAAAAAUUGUGUUUUCAUGUACAGAAAUCAGUUUGAAUCUUUUGUUUUGAUAAUAUAGAAAACAUCUAAGUAUGAUAUAAAGUAUUUACAGUAUUCCUGCUUACCUUUGCUUGAGAAGAUGGUUCAAAAAGUGGGAAAAAUGAUCAUGUGGUUGGAUAAUGGUGAUCUCCUCUCCCGCUCUCCUCACUUGAUGAAAAUACAUCAACAGACUAAUCAAACUCUGGAUGCAUGUCGGCUGAUCUGUGUAUGUUUUCAAAUCUAUGAAGCGCUACAUGGGAGGGCGAUAUGGAACUGGACUGGCAAUACAUGUUGUAAUAUCCUAAAUUUGUGUAAGUUAUAGAGGAAAUGUAAAAGUUUUUGGCCCGUUCAGAAAUGCCUGACAAAUCAAGGUGCUUCAUCAUCUUGAUGCAAAUUCCUUACAAUCCAUUACUACAAGUCAGUCCUGCUCAUUGAUUAUCAACAUUGGUCACACUGGUAACCAGAGCUAUACACGGACACUCCGGCAAUUAUUGUCAUACAUUUUGGACAAUUACUAAAGAGAUUUCUUUGAAAAAAAAAACAAAAAAAAAAACAGCAACAACAAAAACUGUCAAAAUUGAAGCAGCAGAGGUUGAAAUGACCUGUAUACUACAGGACACUGGAUACGACAGUUCCCAUAAUGCAGCUCAAUACUAAGUAUCAACAUCUGAUAUCACCUGAUCCUCAAAUGGUCCCAUUUCCUCAGUUAGGAAGUUGUUCUUUCGACUUCGGCAUGUUGACUGGCUUUUACGUCUAUGUGGAAACAACACUGAGGUUCCACUUUUUUUACACUUACAACUCAGUACCAUAUUAUAAAUUACAUGUGAGCAAACAUUUGAUAUCUAAUGUAUGAAUUUGUAAAAAAAAAAAAAAAAAAAUUGUAGCCAUAAAGUGAACAUUUACUUUUCUGCACAUGUCAAAAUAUUUUGCCACUUUCAGAGUUGUUGCUCUGAUUUGAAGGGGCCCUUACACAUCAGCAACUUCAAUUAAUGAAACAUCAUAUAAAUGCACAGUUUAGACAUUAAACAUCUGUUUUCAUAGCUUGACUUCCAUGUCAAAAACCAAUGGCAUAGCCCUUUAAUUAUAAGUAGAAAUGGUAUCAAAACAUCUCAAAUUUCUGUGGUCUCACAACAUGUAUUGUCAUGCAUCACCCAUCCCUGUGGCCCAGUCAGUGCUGUUAGUAUUCAAACUGAGAGUGUCCAGCACAGGACAACCUUAGUUCACGUGGGAGAGAUGAGCGGGGAUCAUCGUUGUCUUCAUGUGCCAGGGUUUUCUAUUUAGAUGCAAAUGCAGCACAAUCAGUUCUAGCAAAGCUGGUGCGAGAAAUGUAAAUGUGUUUUUAAUGCUGUAAUUAAUUUUAUUAUUUAAAGUAAUUUAUAGAGUAUGAUGACAAGCAUGAUCUGUUAAAAGUAGCACAAAGUCGUUCCCCUCACUGUCAGCUAUGAAGCGCAGUAGGUAGAUGUUAUUUUUUCUUUCCAAGAGCAAAUGUUUUUUCCAUUGACCCAUCAAAGAUGUCACCUCGGUUCUUCAGCGUGGCGGCGACCGGUCACUGCGCCGGACGGACCAUGUUCGUUCUCUCUCUGUGCUCGAUGCUGGUGCUCACCUGAAUCUCACCCCUCUGAUCUCAUACCCUUCUUCACUAUUCAAAAUAAUAAAACAAGAGCACAAAACCUUCCUGUCUGUAAGAUCUGAAUGUAUAUCCAGAUUUUUUUUGAGUCCUCUCAUCCCCCACCCUAAAGGCUUGAGAAUCUACGCACUUUACAGUCCUUUAAAGUGUACCUUCAAAGAAAAUAAAACCAGAUUAAAGAUGA